AAUGGAGGUAGGUAUGGACAAACUCUACUUACAUUUCACCUCUUACAAUAAGUCAACUUCAAUAGCUUGUGGUGCAGCAGACAGAGAAACAAAGAUGGAAGGAGAAAAUGGAAAGAAGCUGAAAAUACUGUGCCUCCAUGGAUUCAGAACUAGUGGGAGUUUUCUUAAAAAGCAAAUCAGCAAAUGGGAUCCUUCUCUAUUCACUCAGUUUGAUAUGGUAUUCCCAGACGGUAAAUUUCCUGCUGGAGGGAAGUCUGACAUAGAAGGCAUCUUCCCUCCACCUUACUUUGAGUGGUUUCAAUUUGAGAAGGACUUCACAGUGUACUUCAACUUGGAAGAAUGCAUCUCAUACUUAUGCGAUUACAUUAUAGCCAACGGUCCCUUUGAUGGUUUCCUUGGCUUCUCUCAGGGCGCAACACUUUCAGCACUUUUGUUAGGUUAUCAGGCACAGGGAAAGUUGCUAAAGGAACAUCCACCCAUAAAAUUGUUUAUAUCAAUAUCAGGAUGCAAAUUCAGAGAUCCCAGCAUAUGCGAUGUUGCAUACAAAGACCCCAUCAAAGCUAAAUCUGUUCACUUCAUUGGGGACAAAGAUUGGUUGAAAAUGCCUUCUGAGGACCUUGCCUCUGCAUUUGACAAACCCCUUAUAAUAAGACAUCCCCAAGGUCACACUGUCCCACGACUAGAUGAGGUGGCCACCAGUCAGUUGAGAAAUUGGAUUGCCGAAGUCCUAUGCGAACCAAAAGUUGGUGUCUUGGUUCACGAGCAUCAAAAAGACAUUGAAGAAAAUAAGUCAGAGAAGGGGAGCAGGAAAGAAGCCAAUAGUACCAAUCAAGACAAGGUUGCAUACGGGGUGGAAUUAAACAAGGGUUCUGACAGAGCAGGAGUGGCCCAAGCCUGAAGAUCAGGACUUCUAAGAGGAAGCGUGAGAAUUUUAUAUAUACUA